UUGUGUUGUGCCGUUGUGUUUGGACUUGGAGUUACCUAUUGUUUUUGUUUAUUGUUGUUGUAUUGAAUGAAGUUGACAAUCAUUGUUUUGUUUACUCUUCAUUGGUACUUUUAGCUUGUAGUUACCGCUUUACUAUCAUUUUUAUCCUUGGACUUCAGGGAGGAAUUAUUGUUGUAAAAGGAGGAAUUAGGCUGAACGAAAGAAAUAUCAAGCAUUUUUAGUCAUCCAGCUCUCUAGGCUACCAGCCUAGGUUUCCAAACAUUUGACCAUGUCGACUUCUACUGUAGGAGAAGAAUCCAAGUGUUUUUGCGUCACCAGGAGAUUAUUCAUCCACAUAUUGGAUGCUGCAACAAUAAUUUUUAUCGUUGGACUUCAGGGAGGGGUACUUAAUUACUAUCUCAUCAGACAUUACAAGGAUUCAAUCGGCCCUUAUUUCUACAUUUUAGGGGAUCUAUUUACAAUGAUUGUAUUUGCUGGGACUCUCACAACUAGCUUCACCUACCUAACCAAGAAGCAAGUAAUUGAUGACAAGUUAAAAAAGAAAGCCAAUUUCUUUACACCUGCCCGAUUGAUUCAGGAAGUAGAAAUCAACCUGCCAUGGUCCCAUAGAAUCUUAGGUACUAUGCCGUUUAGUUACAUUUCAUGGUUGGUUUAUGUGAUUAUUAUGUUGAGCAAAGUUGUAGUUAUCUUUCAAUCCCCAGGGCUUGUGAGUCACCUUAGUUUGAAAGAUGUUUUUGGACCCAAUGUUUUAAAGCUAACCAUCGCACUGGCCAGCCUGGUCUUCCUCUCGCUGGUAGAAGGCCAUAACUGGUCCAAGCGUGGCUCUCCUCGAUACGCCUUUGUCACCUCUACUUGUGCCAAAAAUGGCAUGGAGAUAUUCGAUGGAGUUGCAUUUUUGGCUCUACAAAUGGAGGAGAAAGUGAACGAAUCUGGAUUUAAAGACGCAGUUCUGGUGCUCUCAAUGUUCACUUUCAUUUUACCAACACUCUCAUUGUUUAAACUCAGCUUACUGGACUUUGCCUCAGAGAAGGCGUGUCUCCAAGUUACAGUCCUUCAGAAUGUUCUCCGUCUCACCACAGUAGAUCUUCCAUUCCUGGCUGUGCGGAUGUAUCUCUGGAUCUACUACCGAGAGAACGCCAGUCUCUUUCUCAUGAAGAACAUCUUCAAUAUCAUUCUCAUCUCUCGAACACUCUGCCCUGAUCUCAAGGUGCUUGCCGAAGGUCAUUUCGGGGACGAUCCACAAGCUGGGAUUACACAUACAGAUGGAGAAAACGUCAGUCUGAACUGUGACCGAAAGGACGAACUCGAGGAAGAAGCUUCAGAACGGCGCAAGGCUACUGUGGAAGUUUAAGAUUACAUCUGACCAGGUUUUUCAACUAGCCAAUAUCUUGUGUACCUGAGUACUGUGGAAAUAUUUUCAGAGGUGCAUAAUGCAUUUACUAUACAUUUUAUUGAUAUUAUCUCUACAGCAGUAUUCUACAACAGCGAGUUACUAUUUUACCGUUUAGUUUUGUUCAACGAAAGGCUCUAGGUCAGCAUUUUGAUUUGUAGAGCAAAGGAUAGCAACUAGCUUACCCUAGGAUAUGUACACACAUAAAAUACACAAUAUUUUAACUCCUGCUAAUUCAGGGGGUGACAUAUUGUGUGUUCUAUGUCCUAUCUGCAGCUCUUAUAAAUUAAACUAGCUGCUUUCCCUAUAUUUUUAUUUUGUAUUAAUAUUUAGAAAAGGCAUUUUUAGCUUUUUAGUAAUACACGAAGGAUAAAGGAAUGGAUACUCAAUUAAGAAAAUAGUUCCAUACAGUCGAAGCACAAUAUUCAAGUCCAUAAUACGAUUGCUAAUUAAGUUGUAGAACUAUAUCUUAUUGGAUACAAUUGUAAUCUGAAGAACCCCCUUUUGGGGAAUAUUACAAAGUUUGAUGAUUUGUAUAAUGAUCAACUAUUCAGGACUCUUUUCUUAGGCGAGAUACAUUUUUUGUACCAGUUCCUUUUCACUGAAUGUUUUCCCCGAAUGCAUUUAUAGUUACUUUAGUACCUAGUUUAUAUUUACUCAUACUACCUCAUCAGGAUUUCUGUUUAACCCCAAGGUCCACCAUCAAAUCAUGGUGGUUACUAAGAUGGUUUAACCAUCAAGUCAACAUAGAACAUUAAUCACCAACAGCAAAGUUAAGUCUUCCUUACUUUUAGUUGCUAUUUAAAAAUGUCGUUACAGUCCACCAUCACAAAAAAUAAUUUCUAGACAAUAUAUUUUCCUUUAGUUUUAUUUAUUUUUUAUUUUUAGGAUAUAUACAGUAGUGUAUGGAAUCUUUUAACAUAACUUUGUCUUUCUUAGCAUGUAUCAAGCACAAUAUUUUAUUCUAUGAUUUAAGUACUUAAUAGCUUCCGGUGUAGGGUACUUUUAAAGUCACUAAUACCAUAUUUUUGUAUUGAGUAUUGAAUUGUUUUAUGACAGAGGCGUAAACCCUGACUUUUUUAAAUGUUGUGUGUCUCUUUAUGCUUGUGGAAUCCUAGCAAUAGGGUAUCCAAUAUCAUGACAGUAGACUCUAGCUAACUCGAAAUGCUAGUGCCAACAAUUUUUCUAUGAGCCACGUUUAGUUCAAAUUGUUUGAAUUAAAUAGAGGCCAUUCUUGAUCAAAUUAGAUGUACUAAGGUAAGAUAAAUUAAGUGAAAAUGUUAGUAAAGAGUUGUGUGUACAGUCUUUGAAAACUAAACUUUUAGCAAUACAUGACUCUUGUAUUUGCACUCAUUAUUUUUUUAAUACUAUAUGCACAAGCAGCGUAUGAAGUUACCGGUUGAUGCUAAACCAGAUAUGCCUAACUUUUGCAUCACAGAGGCCUUGUAUUUUGAGAAAACUUGAGAUUUAGAGGUAAUAUUUUACUCAAUGAGGUAAAAUAGAAAUGUAAUUUAACUCAUCUAUCGAACUUAUAAAGUUAUAAAGGUAAAAUUGUGUCUUUUGUCUUAGUAAAAUAUAACCUAAAAUCUUUACUUGCACAGGUUUUUCCACCGUAAUUGAAAAUAUAGUAGCUUUAAUAUCAAUGAUUUCUAGUUAUAAACUCUUCAGUUAGGGGGGUCAACUUACACUUAUUCAAACAUAAUGUUAUACUAGCCUUAACUAUUGUCAAUUGUUUUUUAUAUUAGACUUUUAGUCUGCAAAGCUUUAAAAUAGGCAGCAGAAAAUGCUUUUUGUUCUUUUGACAAUCAGGCCUUACUUACAAACAAAUAUAUAUAGCAUUUGAAUAACUAGCUUAAGUUAGGCGUAAGAUGAGUUUUGAGUGGCUUAAGAUGUAACGACAAUUAUAUAGUGAUGGGUCGGUACAAAAAUUUAUUGAUAAUUACUGUCACCAAUUUCAGAAUAUCAAAAAAUCAAUAGCCAUUUUCGUACCACUCAAAAUAGAAAAUAACUUGGGUGUAUUUUUCUGAAAGAAGAUUGUGCAGUUGUCUAGAUGUUUAAUUGUUAAUCAGUUAGGAACCGUUACUGAUACCAACCUUGAAAAUGUGAUUACUAAUUAUUAAUUAUUUAUUCACUUUAUGUUAUAAUUAAGUAAUCAAAGCUUGCAAUGUACGCCAUCAAUCAUUAAAUAUUACUGAAAUAUAAAUGGUGGGGAGGAGGGGGUAAAUGAAACUCAAAAAUCUAGGCAAUGGCUCUCUUCAAAAAUCCCCUCCAGGAGACGCCCCUUGGAUUUAUAUUGACUUUUGACGAUUGAAUUAUUAUACCAAUACCAAUGUUAAAUAAUUGGUAGCAUCGACUCAUCUUUACUUACACAUGUAUUUGUUGUAGGCAUAAUUUAUGUCCUGUGGUUCCUUUGGCAUUUACUAAACUAUCUCUCUCAUUUUAUACUAAAAGAAGAUGUGAUAUUUUGUGUCUUAACAUGUAGACGUUUCUAUUAUAGCGAUUACGUGUGAUCAAACUAACAAGCAUUUAAUACUUGCCUUAAAUUGUUACAAAAUUAGUUUUAUGAAAAUUGGUUUUAAAUUUGAUUUAAGCCAAAGCACUUAAGUAAGGCAAUGGGAUGAUUUUGUUGAAUCAUAGUUCAAAAACAUUAAGGUACAAACUACAAACAAUUUUUUUUAUUUUUGUUAAUUUUUAAAAAGUACAGUAAAACCUCGAUUAUUUGGCCUUUGACAAACCGAACCCUCCAGUAAACCAGCUUGAUCCCAUCAAUAACAUAAAACUAAAUCAUACCCUGAAAUAAAUAAUAUGUGAUUUCAUAUUAAAGUACAGUAGGGUUCACUCCUACACUAAAACUAUUUAUUGCUGUUUUUUACAUAAAAAUCAGCCCAUUAAAGUGCCACAGUUGCUGAUAACUUUUUGCAGAGAAAUGGCUCUAUUAAAUUCAAUGAUGGUAACUUUAAUUGAUUAUUUUAAAUUCUCUCCAUGUUCGCCGGGCCCUAAAUCUAGUAUACCAUGAGUCAGAUUUUUGAAGUUCUACUGUAUUUUUAAAAGUCUUUUUUUAAUAUGUCGUUAAAGACUAUUUAUAUCACAUUAGGCCCUAUACUACUUAUAAUAACUAACGUUAUGAUUAUAUAAUUAUAUAAAAGAAAUAUAUGUAAAGUUAUUUAGUUAUAAUAAGGGGAUGGAUUUUGAUAGUUAGUUUUAAUGAUGGAAUUACAAAGUUUGAUUAGAUUUUUUCUGGUGACUCUUGGAGAAGUAAUUUGCAAAACUCUUUUAGAAAUAAGAAAAUUGCUUCACAUCUGCUUCAAAGAAAUACACUACUCUAUAAAAUCAAAUAAGCAAAUAAAAUCAUUAGAUUGUAUGUUAGAUUAUGCCAUCAUUAUCUACCUCACGUUCAAAUAGUUUGAAAGAAGUGAUCAAAAUAUAGGUAAGUUGUAGCAAAUCGUGGAUUCUAACGUCUGAAGUAUUAUUUAAAUAAUUAAGUAUAAUUAAUGUAUUGAGUUUUUGGGUUAUACAACUCAAGUUAUUGUGUGAUUUUACCGUUUUGUAUGACUACAUUAAUAUAACAUUAACUUUGAGUUAAUUUACCUCCAUUAUGCUGUGAGUAACUUGACAAUUUUAUUGCUAUAUUAACCAUAGCGUUUAUAUUUAUAAUAGCCUACGUUAUAGUUAUGAUGAUUUUUUAAAAAUCUUACAGAUUUGAUUUAUUUUAAUAAUAUUUUGGUUGUGAAUAUUGCCAGGCAAAUAUGUUCUCUAAAACAUGUGAUAUUUAGCUUAACACGUUCGCUGCUGAGCGCUAGAUGCCGGGACGGCGCCAGUUGCUGAACUAACGCUCGGCCGCUGCGUGACAUUGCCACCGAUACACUGAAUCACAGUAAAAACAACAGUAGUUAUACUGGAUGGCAAUGUUCUGCAAUAAAACUGGCUUUGGAUAUAGUACUAAGUGAUUCUGAUAGAUAGCAGCACUACCCAGGUUACAGUCAGUAAAGUAGUGUCGCUAUCUAGCAGGAAAGAGGUAAAACAAAGCCCUGUUCCAAACGACCCUGGUGGUGAUUUGGGAAACUAUAUUUUUUAUUGUCAGAAAAGUACGUCCGUACGAGCUGCAAAGAAAUAUAGAACGCUUGUGACGUGCUGGCUUAUCCAUAGCAACGUUAAACAACAAUGAACGGUGACGUUCUGGAACGUUCUUAGCUCCUGGCGCCGUGGCCCGGCUGACGUUCCGGAACGUCCGUAGCAGCGAACGUGUUAAUGUUGCUUUUGCUAAUCAUCAAAUGUAU